AUGCCGUUGCGAAAGGCUCCCGUCGAACAGUUCCCCCCGGAUCUGGAGAUUGUGGGCGACAAGCUCACCAUCCAUCCUAGUGGUUUCACCGGGGGACCAGGAUCUCAAAAUGAUCAGAUCACCGAGCGCAAUCUUGUCCAUCAUAUGGCGCGUUUUCGUGCGAACCCGUUUGACUUCCUUCGCGAGGUCAGUUUGUAUAUGUCCGGGACUGGGUGGCGCGCCUACGACAAUGUAAUUGGGCAGCCAAUAUACUAUAACGGUUUCUCGGAGAGGAUGAAGUCACACAUUUUUGCGAGUCCCUUGUUGCAGGGGAAAAUUAAGGAAUUGGCCGAGCUGCGGCUGUCGGUCGAAGAAAAGGAAGGACUAUUAGAGAUCAGACAGGGGCCUUUAGACAAGCGGCGAACGCAACGUCGGAAUGAACUCGAGACCAGUCUCAAAGAGGUGGUGGACUCGAUACUAGACAACAUGAUCUGCAAGAUGGAAAGCAAGCGGUUUAUUCGCGGCGCGUAUUAUCUCUCUACACAGCUUCUUACUCGUGCCUAUCACCAAGGUAUCCAUGUCUCUAGUGAGGAAGUCCUACGUUUAAGAUCGGUCGCUGAGGAGGCGUCCCAGAAGAAGCAAUCCAUUGUCUUCCUGCCAUGCCACAAGUCCCAUGUGGACUAUGUUUCUCUUCAGCUUAUUUGUUAUCGCUUGGGAAUUGGGCUUCCGGUGGUUGUUGCGGGCGACAACCUCAACAUCCCCCUGUUGGGACCGUUCCUCCAACAUGCAGGGGCCAUGUGGAUCCGCAGAAGCUUCGGAAAUGAUCCGUUAUAUAAUACAGUUGUGCAAGCGUAUAUCGACACCUUGCUGCAGCAAGGUUUCAACUUCGAAUGUUUCAUCGAGGGAGGAAGAUCCCGCACCGGGAAGCUUUUGUCCCCAAAGUUUGGCAUUCUCAGCUUCAUUCUGGACAGCGUGUUAUCGGGCCGUGUCGAUGACACGAUUAUAUGCCCCGUUAGCACACAGUAUGACAAGGUCAUUGAGACUGAGUACGUCACCCACCGAGGGCCAUCGCCUACCAGCAUAUCGCUAACACUGCGAAGGUCCUAUAUCAGUGAGCUACUUGGUCAGCCCAAGCGCAAAGAGAACCUAGCAGAUUUUCUUUCCUCAUCUUCCGUGUUGUCUCUAAAACUAGGGCGGGUUGAUGUUCGGUUCCACAAACCAUGGAGUCUGAAGGAAUUCAUCGCUCAGCAGCUGACCCGGUUACCCAAUCAGUUCGAUCUCAAUAAUGGAACACAACUUAACCAAGCAGAAAGGGGCCGGAUUCUACGGACAAUGGGUUACAGGGUGCUCUCCGACAUCAACAACGUGUCCGUCAUGAUGCCCACCGCUCUAGUAGGCACAGUGUUGUUGACGCUUCGUGGACGAGGAGUUGGCAAAGGAGAGCUGGUCCGACGAGUUGACUGGCUCUGCGAACGCGUGCGUGCCAAAGGAGGCAGGGUAGCGCAUUUCUACAGACACCCAACCGAUGUGGUCGUUGACCGCGCAAUCGAGGUCUUAGGACACAAUAUUGUAGGCGAGAUAGCCGGUCUGGUCGAGCCGACAUAUUACGCUGUAGAUCGCUUCCAGCUGUCCUUUUACCGCAACAUGACGAUACAUUUGUUCAUCACCGAGGCGUUAGUAUCCGCAGCCAUGUACACUCGGAUCAAGCAGGGGGGUGGUCCUUCAUUCCAACGGAUGUCCUACUCGGAUCUGCUGAAUCAACUUUUCCGUGGCGAGUUUAUCUUCCCUCCUGAGGGGUUGACCACCAACUUAGAGCGAACCCUCCAGGGGCUGGAGAAAGAUGGUGUGAUCACGGUGACCCGGGAAUCCUCUGGUGUCCCGACUUUCGUGGAGCUUAGUGAAUCCGAACGCAUAUGUGGGCGCGAGAACUACGAUUUCUACUGUUUCCUGGUCUGGCCGUUCAUCGAAGCCUCAUGGCUUGGCACGGUGUCUCUCCUCGGACUUACUCCACCCCUCCAUGGACCGAAGGACGUCUGGAUUGACCUGAAAAAGGCCCAAGACAGUGCACAACUCUUGGGCAAAACCCUAUACCAUCAAGGGGAUCUAUCGUACUUCGAAGCCGUCAACAAAGAGACGCUGAAGAAUUCAUAUCAACGGUUCGCAGAGGAAGGUAUUAUCCUUGUGGUCAAGGGCAAAGAACCCCGGGCCUCGCCCGUGAUGCGAAUCGCACCCGAAUGGACGCCGGAGCGAGACCCCGCAAGCGGCAAGCUGUUGGCUCGAGGACGUCUUUGGGACUUUACCGAACUCAUCGCCCAGUCCCGACGUGAAGGAAAAAACCGUCGCGACGGAGCCACCGUGUCCUCGCGCGUUCUGACCAUGUCCGACGCCGUUGGGCGUAUCUUGUUUCAGAGCGCGGCGAGCCCUAAUCCCGAGGACAGCGUGGAUGUAUCGCCACGACAGACGCGCAGAAAGGAUCUCACGACGCCUUCCAAACUAUAG